GCACGGAAAAUUAAGUCUUGCGAAGAUGGCUUUCUUUUUCAGGCGGCGGGACGAUUUUUGGUGUCGUGCACGUCCCCUCUCUAGGAUUGUGCCCGAAGGAGCAAAUAUCCAUGACGCUGGGCGGGAUAGACCUGCACCUCCGCUGCUCUCGUCGCAGCCGCGGUUGGCGUCGGAAAAAAUGCGUCUUCGACACCGGAAAAUUCCGCAUGCGUCUUCCGCUCGCCGUCGCAGCGGGCCAUCUGGUUUUUGCGGUGGCGACAAACGUCCUUCAAAGCGACCGCGUGGUCGUGGAGCAGAGGCACAAGAAGAAUCUACGCGCUCGCUCGCCCCCCGCGGCGAAGCGACACGCUUCCGCUCCAAGAACGCCGGAGUCCACACUCAUGGAAACCCGGUCCGUUCCGAGCAUCAGUUCGAUUGCCGAGGAUCCCAGCAGCCUGAAAGCCGCGGUAGCGGAGAGUGUCGACGACAUUCUUACCGGCUUUUGCCGCGCGCACCUCGGCGCCUCGAUGCCGUUCCGCAGGUAUCGGGAGGAACUCACCGCGUUGAAUAACUACCGCAGUCAACAGGUUACAUCUAGCCAGGACGAUACUGCAGAGGUGACGGAGUACGAGCGCGCGCUGAUGGAGGCCGCGGACCGGGCGCUUAGGAAGUUAGAAAAACUCCUCGUCGAGCAGAAGCGGGACAUGCGCUUGGAAGUGGAGCUGGAGUGCGCGGACUGGCAGAAGCUGACGGAGCAGUUGAAGCUCGUGUUGCCCGACGAAGGCAGCAUUCCCAUGCUCGCGGACAUGGUCGAACGAGGGUGCGCGUCGAUGACGGAGGACUUUUUCCAGCCCUUCGACGCGGCGAUGGCGCUCGAGGACAAAGCAGAGGGCGGACCGCUCCUGCUGGAGCGCUUAACCUUCGUCUGCCACUUGUCCGCCUACGACCGCUUUUGCGAGUACCAAGUACUAAAGAGCUCAUAUUCUAUUAUCGGUUGAUUUUUUUUGACUUUUUUUUUUCAAAAGUAAUUUUCUCUUUUCUAGGCCUAAUGGCGCGGUCUGAGCAUGCUGAGGCGUGCCUGUGCGAAGCCUGCAUCUCAUCGAAACUGGCAUUGACCACUCUGAACGAACGUACGAUUUAUUUCCAGGGACAGCCGCGAGGGCGUGGAAAAGGAAGCCGCGAAGGACCGUUGGCAGGUCCAAGCCAAGCAAGACUGGCGUAAUUACUGCGCGCUGGCGGAGGAAACGGCGAACCCGGACGGGUGCUGCGGCGAAAACGCUUUCGAAUUGAAAGGAUCUUUGUUCCCGCCGGAAAUCCCUUAUUCCCUCGGGUACUGCGAAAGUGCCGGGCACGUGCUGGUGAACAACUUUCGCAAGACGGUGAUGGACGCCAAUCCCGCGGUCCUGGAGCAGUACUGCUCGACGCUGGUCGGCCACGACGAGCUGCUGGUUGCGCUGAAGCAACUCUUGCACCCAAAGAAGCAAGACCAACUCGCGGAGCGGGUGCUGCCCGUGACGGAAGAAUUUUGCGAGGCGAACUUGGAUCUGUACGACAAAUAUUGGCGGAACUAUCGGAAGCUUGUGGCAGCCGGGGUAUCGCGGGAAGACGGGACGGGAGAGAUUGAUCCGACGAACGUCACCGCUUUGUCCGUAGAGUCGGAGUACAACGCGAUGCUGAGCGCUGCCCGCGACUUGUAUUCUGCGGUGCACCGCCAGCCGUCGGGAGAUGACGAGUUUGGCGGGUUUCUCUCCACCAUCAACGCAGUCUUGACGGGCAGUGUCUACACAGAAGCGCAGCGGAACGCCACUUUGGAAGAGGCGCAGGUCCACUUGCAGGCCACGAUCGACGCCUACGAAGCUAUUCCCGAGUCUUCGUUACACGCAAAAUCGCAAGCGGAAACCCUGGCGUGGGAAAUGAUACACACCUGCCCCACGCCCUGGCUAGAGGAUGAAAGUACAAAAACAAAUGCAACAGUGACUGAGACACAGGCCGACAUGGCUGGAACAGCGACCUCAGUACGUGACCUCGAGGAGCCAGAGCAGCAGUGGACGAUUGAUGAUCGGGUCAGGUGCGAACUAUUGCCGGAAAAGUUUUCCGCCCUGCUACCCACAAUCGUAACCGCUAUGCAGAGUGCGGGUGCGACGACGAAGGGCUGGAGUUUGUGGACGCAAGCGAAAGCGGACCUGGGGCUCGCGGUGCCGCAUUUCCAAGAAGACGUCAGACGAGUAAUCGCGUUCAAGCUCACAGAUGCGGAGCGCGACGCGAUUCACCGCUGGCCCGCGACCCCGCAAAAAAUAGGUGCCGCUUUGCUUGCACAGCUCUUCGUGGGCUCGUGGUCCAACGGUCGAGUUUUGUCACCUGAGCAGCUAGAAGCCAUAAUAGCCGCGUCUGGCGCACCGCGGUCGUCGGGGUUGCCGCCGGAGCUGGUUAGCCAGAUCCGCAACAUGAUGCUAACCAGCGACGAGGAGCUACCUGAAGAACUGCAGCAGCUGAGAGACGCGGACGAAGAGGGGCAAACCGCCGGCGUCACUGCGUUUCUGCAAAAAGCAAUGCUAAACGCAAAAACGUCCACCGCAACGUCGACACACAACAGGCAGGUGUCAGAACUUUUAUCAAAGACUUUACCGCAACUCAGCGACCUUGGCAGCAACGAAGAGCACCCGGAGUCCGCGGCGGUACUGCAAGGGUUACUCACCGCACUCGGGCACGGCGACGCUAUCACAACGACCGCCAAACCGCCCGGGGACGAAGAUCUUUUCGUGUCCAACAUCUCCCCGGAGGAGCUCGCUACCGGCAAAGGGGCCGGGCUUUCCUCGAUGGUCGGCCAGUUCGUUGGCGUGCUGGCGAAGAACCCGGCGCUACUGACCGCGGACGGGACCACUUCCACGGAGGCCGGCGGUCUACUGCGCGACCCAGUGAGGCUGAUGCGGUUUGCGCAGGAGUGGCAGGAAUUGCAAGAGUCCGGGGACGGCGCGAAGAUGAUGGAACUGCUCGGGACGCUGUGCAUGGAAGUCCCCCUGUUGGUCGACGAAGUGAUGGAGGCGAACGUGUGCCAUCCCGGCGCCUCAGCCUCGGGAGACGCGGACAACAUGUACCUGAAAGCGACCGAUAUGGCUUUGUUCGGCGACCUGUGCCACAUCAAUUCGCGCCGGAGUCUGUGCUCCGGGCGGGAAAACCUCCAGGAGAACUUCAGAGAGCACGCGGCGGCCACGCUGCUGCUCCAAUCUUGGCUCCGGGAGCGGAAAACGGAAAGCAACAACGUCUGCGGCAGCAUUGUCGGCGCGGCGGCGGUGAGCUGCCGAAAGAUGCAAGGAUACAUAAACAACAAGCUCACCGAGAACUUGGCUUCUCUUCUCGUCGGCCAGAAUGAGGACAAAGUGGAAGACUUCCAGGGAGCCCACGGUGCGAGCCCAGACACCAUGAUCGUCACCGCCGAACAGGAGGUCUUCAAUCAGCGUCUGCUACGGGCCGAGCAGGUGUGGGCCGCCGUGUUUCCGGAGUUUAAAGAGGCAUUUGGUCUGCCCGCCCCCGCGGAUGAAGAAAGUCCCCUUGCUGCUCCAGCCCCUUUAGCCGUCUGGAGACAGGUGAUCGCAAAGGCGUGCAGGGAUUGGCAACUGACCAACGAAGAGUGGGUCGAACUCCGGCUGCGCGGGCCCGAAGAGUCCUUCCGCCAGCUUUUCUUGCGGUUAAACGAGGAGGACCAGAGGGUACUAAACGAGGACGUGGCUGCCUACAACCGGCUGACCUGGUGGGACACGCCUUUUUUUCCGCACGGGAAGGAAGAUGUAGACAGGUGGUGUUCCGCCUACCACGCAGCAGACGGCGCACCAGCCUCCCACGCCCGGAAGUUGGGCCACGGCGCCGAAGCGCUGUUGAACAAGGCUGGAGCCAUGGACGUGGUCGCGAGCUUCUGCAAAAGUUUGGCCGUGGAAGAUGCUGGACAGGAGAGUAUAGCAAGUUCAACAUCGGUACAGUUUGUUGACGCUAGUACUUCCAACAAUAUGCGGAAUGUUCAUGUUGCUCGCGCCCUCGCUGCUGGAAAACGCGCGAUCACGGUCUGCGAAGCGACGCAGAGCAAGGGAGUGAUGUUUGACUACUGCGAGGGCGUGCGGCUCGCGGCGACCGCCGUGUACACUGCCUUGGAGAAGGCAAUUCAAACAGCCGAGGAAGAAGGCCGAACGUUUGAAGCGGACCAGUGGUGCCCGGACGUGAACAGCUUGGCCGGGUUUUGCCACGAUUUGAAUAACAAGUACGUGCCCGAGGCAGUGUCGCGGAGCUUCCGCAGCACGUGCUUCUCGCUCCACAUCGAUGAUUGCUUGGCCAAGCGGAAGCACAAGCCGAUGGCGGCCACGACCCUGGAAGGGCUGCAGGCUUCGCAGGAGGAGCUAGACGCCAGCAUGGAAAUCGCUCUGGAGUGCAAGCAGAGCUACCAGUUGCAGCAGUAUUUGGAGCUGCUGACGCGAGACUUGGCCUGUCCAAACGUGGAAGCCAUCGACUACGUUCUGGAAAGGGGGCUACGGCGGUACGCUAAUGCGGCGCCAAGGCUCCCGGACAGCAAACAAGUGGCGAGGUAUUAAUGAUUAAUGUGAAGAAGGAAGCUGCUUUUACGAUAAUGAAAGUUUGAGGUAGGCAUAGGCAACGCAGAAGCUUCAGAAAAUCAACUCAACAGGCUCUGUUUCUCCUCCAAGUACGAUCUGGAGCACAAAGACCUAGAGGCAAGCGAGGAACACCUUCUACAAGUCCGCAAGUUUGUGUACAAUGCCAGCAGCCGAAUUCUCUGGGCCGCCAUGGGUGGAAACGGUGGCGUGGAUACGAUUUUCUCGUGCGAAUCGAAGUGGUGCUGGGUCGAGGCUUGGGGUCCGCGCGCCUUUCCGCCGAAGGGCUACAGCGGUAGGAGCCUGUGGAAGAAGACAGCGACGGUAUUCCAACUUUUUUGACCGCUUUCGGUUUGUUGCUUUCGCAGCAGCGUACUUUGUUUCGACGGCAUGAUCAUUUAGGUCACCGACUUUUUCUCAUCGUAGUUCUCAAACUACUCAACAGUACCUUCCCGCCGCGGAGCUGCACAAAAAGGCUGUGGAGGAAUGGGGCGCGCUCGGUACUGAUUAUAACGAAGAUAGAAAUAUGACGCACCGGCAGCAUGAGACCGCACCGGUGGGCUGCUACGUCUGUGAGACCGGCGAGUUUCCGCUUGAGCCCUGGCACAAGGGGUGCUACCCGGGGAUACCGUUUGGCAUCUGGCAAGAGGGGGUGGAGAAAGCGGACUGCGUCGACCCCUUGAUGCCGGGGAUAUACGAGAAGCGGCAUUUGGAAGGUGAAGCUAGAAAUGUGAGCAUGGGCUUCAUAAACUCGAAAAUCUACAACACCGGCGCUCUUUACUCAGGGCUUGUGCUCACGACUCUGGUCUUUAUCAUGACCGGGCUGUUUUUCGGCUGGAUCUGCUGCUGA